CCUGAGUGCCCGUCUACCUAAGGUAGGUAGUUACGUUGGUUCUUGGUUGACGACGCCGCCGUUGAUUCACAAGACGCGAAAGCUGCCGCGCUAUCGGCUGCCUGACUCCAAAAGUUACCCUGAUGCUGAAGUCUUGCCGGUGACGACCCACUCAGCCAAAGGCAAGAUACUUCUGCCUUUCAGCACUGACCCUCUCUCUCUCUCUCUCCCAGAUCAGCACCGACAGCAGAAAGCAAUUUCCAUUAUGUCUAUACCCAUAUCAUCACUUCUGACCAAUGGUUCAGCCACUAUUCCUCGCGACCGAUGGACAUACCUCGACAAUGUGUUAUCAACAACCUCACCUUACGCUGGCGAAGAAUUUGUCCCGGGGGACGAGACCAUCAACGCCCUUGAGUCCUCACGCGUCCUGGUCAUCGGCGCCGGCGGCUUAGGGUGUGAAAUUCUCAAGAAUCUGGCGCUCUCGGGCUUUAAGGACAUCCACGUCAUCGACAUGGACACGAUCGACGUCUCAAAUCUAAACCGACAAUUUCUCUUCCGCCAAUCCGACGUAGGCAAAUCCAAAGCCGAAGUCGCCGCAUCCUUCGUCGAGCGGCGUGUCCCGGGCGUCAAAAUCACCCCUUACAACGGCAAGAUCCAGGACAAAGAUGAGGACUACUACAUGCAGUUCAAGCUCGUGAUCUGCGGGCUCGACAGCAUCGAGGCGCGCCGCUGGAUCAACGCCACGCUCGUCGACAUGGUCGACAUGGACAACCCUGAGUCCCUGAAGCCCCUGAUCGACGGUGGCACAGAAGGCUUCAAGGGUCAGGCGCGUGUAAUACUACCAAGUCUCACAUCGUGCAUUGAAUGCCAGUUGUCAAUGCAUGCCCCACGGGCCGCAGUGCCGCUAUGCACGCUCGCUACGAUUCCGCGCCAACCGCAGCACUGCAUCGAGUGGGCGCACAUCAUUGCGUGGGAAGAGCAGCGCAAGGACGAGACGCUUGACACAGACGACCCGGAGCAUAUCUCCUGGCUGUACCAGACAGCUUUGGCGCGUGCAAAGGAAUUCAAUAUCUCCGGCGUAACGUACAGCAUGACACAAGGCGUAGUGAAAAAUAUCAUUCCGGCAAUUGCAUCGACGAAUGCCAUUAUCGCGGCGGCGUGCUGCAACGAAGCGCUCAAAAUCACAACGUCGUGUGCGCCGUUCCUCGAGAAUUAUAUGAUGUACACAGGCGACUCGAAUGAUUCGGGAUUAUACACCUACACGUUUGCCGCGGAGAAGAAGGAUGAUUGUCCCGUGUGCGGGAAUCUUGCGCAGAAUAUGGUCAUUGACGCAGAUAUCACGCUUGAAGAGUUCCUGGCCAGUCUGGCGGAGCGGGCGGAGGCCCAAUUGAAGAAGCCGAGUAUCAGGACCGAAGCGAAGACGUUGUACGUGCAGGCGCCGAAGAGUCUAGAGGAGCAGACGCGGCCGAAUCUAGGCAAGAAGAUGAAGGAGCUGAUCAGUGAUGGUGAGGAGGUGGGUGUCUCGGACCUCGCGUUCCAGAUCUCGUUCAAAUUCAGACUGGCGUUUAAGAAGUGAGUAUCUGUGUCUCGAACGUAGAGACUGAUAGUGCCGCUAAGCCAAAAGUUUGAGGUCAUGGAGACGUAGAAACCUGAACAGAACCAGGAUGUAUCAUAGCAUAGACAACCAGCAUGACACGAGAGCCAAUUUGAGGAAAUGUCAAGUAAAAC